UCAACCCAAUUUUAAAACAAGUAAAAUUUAACAUUAUAUGGUAGCGAAAUUCACUAUUAUUAGUGAUGACCUUAAUUAGGUAGAUAGAAUCACAAAAUAUGUGGCUGGACAAGAUUUUGAUCUUAAAGAUAGUUUAGAGGUCUAACGUACUUUUACUGAAUUCAUUUGAAUAUUAUUGGUAUAAUUGACGGAAUAAUGUUUGAAAAUAUCUAAAGUAGGUGAAAUAAAUAAUGAAGUGAGACCAGUCCUACUAAUUUAAAACUCAGGUGUGAAAAAACAACAUAUUUUUACAGGUUGUCAUUAAUUAUGAAAACCAUUCUUGUAUAUAUAUAUAUAUAUCCUCACACACACACAUUUAUAAUCUCAGCAUACGAUUCUCUGCUUUUUCACCUUCUUUUAUCGGUUGUCUCUAUCUUUCCUCUCACCAUCUCACGCUCGCUCAAAAACCCAACGGCCUUUUAAAGAAAACCCCAAAACCCAUAAAACCACUUUCUCACUAAUCCUCCUUUCAAAUAUUCCCAAACCUUUGCGUCUACCAUAUGAACUAGGGUUUCAUAUACAAUGAAGAGCUGAAUCUUGACUCCUUAGCUUUUCUCGUAGAAAAUGGGCGUCAUGGGUAAGAAUGUGUUUGUGUUUCUUCUCGCCUUUGCGGUUCUCUUCGCUGGGUUUCCAUCAUCUUCAGCUUCUUACCCUGCAAAAUUUGUUAAUGGGUUUCUCUCAAAUACUUUCUCUGUUCUGAUGAAAUGGGUGUGGUCACUCAAAGCUACAACCAAAACAGCAAUUACUGGCCGUCCGAUGAUGAAGUUUGAGAGUGGGUACGCUGUUGAGACAGUGUUUGAUGGAAGUAAGCUUGGGAUUGAACCCUUUUCUGUUGAGAUCUUGUCCAGUGGGGAGCUUCUGGUUCUGGACUCUGCUAACAGUAACCUCUACAAGAUCUCUUCCUCUUUAUCUCAAUACACUAGACCGAAGCUGGUUGCUGGAUCUGCCGAUGGAUACGCUGGAUAUGUAGACGGGAAAGUCAGAGAGGCAAGGAUGAACCAUCCAAAGGGGCUUACAGUAGAUGAUAAAGGAAACAUUUACAUCGCAGACACCAUGAAUAUGGCAAUCCGGAAGAUAAGUGAUGCAGGGGUUACAACAAUUGCAGGAGGCAAAUGGGGCCGUGGAGGGGCCCAUGUAGACGGACCGAGUGAGGAUGCAAAAUUUUCAAAUGAUUUUGAUGUGGUAUACAUUGGAAGCAGUUGUUCCCUUCUUGUCAUAGACAGAGGAAGCCAGGCAAUCCGGGAGAUCCAACUCCAUUUCGAUGACUGUGCUUAUCAAUACGGAAGUGGUUUCCCUCUUGACAUCAAUGCAGGAAUUGCAGUUCUUGUAGCAGCUGGCUUCUUUGGUUACAUGAUGGCAUUGCUGCAACGCAGGGUCGGUACCAUUGUGUCUUCUCAAAAUGACCAGAGACCAAUGACAACAAGCAUACCACCAAUUCAUUAUCAGAAGCCUCUGAAAUCAUCAGUGAGGCCACCAUUAAUCCCUACUGAAGAUGACCAGGAAAAGCAAGAAGAAGGCUUCUUUGUAUCUCUUGGGAAGCUUCUUGUUAACACUGGGGGAUCAGUAGCAGAACUUUUCGGAGGAAUAUUUCCAGGGUUAAGGAAAAAGCCACCGAACUAUGAAUAUCAGCUUCAACAGCAAUACCAGCAACCGCAGAGAUAUUCGAAUGCUUGGCCAGUGCAAGAGAGCUUUGUGAUACCAGAUGAAGACGAGCCCCCCUCCAUUGAGACAAGGACCCCUACCCCAAGGAAAACUUACCCAUUCAUGUCCAAGGAUGCUGAGAAAAUGCAACAGCUCAGGCAAAGCCGUGCUUUCUAUAGUGGGUGGGAUGGAAGCUCUCAGCCGCAACAGCAAACGCAGAAAGAGCAGCAUCAACAUCAGCAUUAUUCAUCCACCCCGGAAACUUACUAUGAGCAAAGUUGCGAGAAAACCAAUGAGAUUGUGUUUGGGGCAGUUCAGGAGCAGGACAAGCGGCGUGAAACUGUGAUAAUCAAGCCUUUGGAUCAUGGGAAUCCAGUUUAUGAUCGUCAUAAUAUUCGAGUCCGGACCAACUCUAUGAGUUAUACUCGGGGGCAUUGAUCAUAUAUAUAUAUAUAUAUAUAUAUAUAUAUAUAUAUACAUAAAAGAGAAACCUUAUUCUGUCUUGAUAUUCUCCUUUAAAAUUUAUUUAGAAAAUAUUACAGCUUGUAAGAAAAUAUUAGUUUCAAGUAGGGAGUGUUUGUGGAGAGCAGCUUUGUUACUUUGUAUUGUUUACUCCCUUGCUGGCAAAAACAUUGUAGUCUUAAAGGAAAGUUGCAGUAAUAUAAAACUGGAUCUAUAAUUGGUGGGAUGUUCUUCUA